CUGAGGCGGCUGUCACAUGAUCCUGGAGUAAGGGGAAAAACAGCAACUGAACUGGUACCAAUGAAUGCUUGAGAUUAAUCAUGAAUGAGGACUACUACCUGGAGCUUUGUGAAAACCCUGUGCAAUUCGAACAUGCUUCCAGUGUCAACAACGUGUUUUUCGACGAGGCAAAUAAACAGGUGUUUGCGGUGCGAUCUGGAGGAGCCACAGGUGUUGUGGUUAAAGGUCCAGAUGACAAAAACUCGGUGGCAUUCAGAAUGGAUGACAAAGGCGAGGUGAAGUGCAUCAAAUUCUCUCUCGGAAAUAAGAUCUUAGCUGUUCAGAGGACUCCAAAAUCAGUGGACUUUAUCAACUUUAUUCCUGAUUUUCCACACAUAGAAUUCUCUCAUGAGUGCAAGACUAAAAACGCAAGCGUGCUGGGCUUCUGUUGGACAAACUGGAAUGAGAUUGUGUUCAUCACAGACCAAGGAAUCGAGUUCUACCAGGUCUUGCCAGACAAGCGCACCCUAAAGCUGUUGAAGAGUCAGAGCAUCAAUGUGAACUGGUACAUGUACUGCCCUGAAGCAGCAGUCCUUCUUCUGUCCACCACGGUCCAGGGAAACGUGCUGCAGCCCUUUGCCUUCAAAAGUGGAACCAUGGCCAAGAUGUCCAAAUUUGAAAUCGAGUUGCCUGUGGUCCCCAAACCUGCCAAGCUCAGCCUCUCGGAGAGAGAUAUUGCGGUGUCCAGCAUAUAUGGCGAGCUGUAUGUGAUGUACCUGAAGCAUCACUCCAGAACCACCAACAGUCCUGGAGCUGAGGUGGUGCUUUAUCACCUGCCCAGGGAAGGAGCCUGUAAGAAGACCCAUGUGCUGAAGCUUAAUACUACGGGCAAAUUUGCACUGAAUGUGGUGGAUAAUUUGGUGGUGGUUCAUCAUCAGAGUUCACAAACCUCCAUUAUAUUUGACAUCAAGUUACAAGAGCCAGACUGUGCUGUGAAUGUCCAUCAGCCUGUCCUCCCUGCCCGCUCCAUCCACCCUUACAGGAUCCCUCGGACAGGUCCUGCUGCAGCCCCUAGCCAAGCACCAGUGGCCUGUGAGCUGUACUCGUCCACCUGGAGUGUGUUUCAGCCCGACAUCAUCAUCAGCGCCAGUGAAGGUUAUCUCUGGUACCUGAAGGUGAAGCUGCAGCCGACGCUGAACCUCCUGCAGGACAAGGGCAAGCUGAUGGACUUCCUGUUGCGCAGACGCGACUGCAAGAUGGUCAUCCUGUCCGUGUGCUCCCAGAUGUUGGUGGGUGAUGAGAAGGGCAGUCUUCCUGUGGUGGCCAUUGUGUUUGACAAACUCAACCAGGUCUACAAAGAAUACCUAGAGGCAGAGCAGUCCUACACUGCGGCGAUGGAGUCAGGUCCCAGCAGAUCCAAUUCGUCCUAUAAGCGACCGAUGAGGACGCAGGCCGUCAUCGACCAGUCGGACAUGUACACUCAUGUCCUCUCGGCCUUCACGGAGCGCAAGGGUGUCUCCCAUAAGUUUAUCAUUGCUGUUCUGAUGGAGUACAUCCGGUCCCUUAACCAGUAUCAGAUCACUGUGCAGCACUAUCUGUAUGAGCUGGUGAUCAAGACGCUGGUGCAUCACAACCUCUUCUACAUGCUCCACCAGUUCCUGCAGUACCACGUGCUCAGCGACUCCAAACCUCUGGCCUGCCUGCUGCUGUCCCUGGAGACCACCUACCCCCCGGCACACCAGCUCUCUCUGGACAUGCUCAAGAGGCUCUCCACUGCUAAUGAUGAGAUAGUGGAGGUUCUCCUGUCUAAGCAGCAGGUCCUCGGCGCCCUGCGGUUUGUCCGCAGUGUUGGUGGCCAUGACAACGUGUCGGCGCGAAAGUUUCUGGACGCCGCGCAGCAGACAAGCGACCCCAUGCUCUUCUACACCAUCUUCCGCUUCUUCGAACAGAGGAACCUUCGUCUCCGUGGAAACCCAGGCUUCAAUCCAGGUGAGCACUGUGAGGAGCAUGUGGCACACUUCAAACAGAUGUUUGGAGAGCAGGCGCUUAUGAAGCCAGUGGCCGUGUAGCCACACAGCCGAGGAACGCAAGCGUCUGGAGACGGACUGGAAAAUACCUGCUGACCUCACACUAAUCAACAUUCCCCUUGGCUUUGGAUUGGGAUAUGCUAGAAAACAGGGAGUGAAGGGUAUUUAUUUUUCAGUUUUGUCUUGGAGUUUCUGGACUUAAACUCAUGCAGGCAUUUGAAUGGUUGAUUUUUGUAUAGAACACUGACAAAAUGUCCUUAUUCAAAGAAUGCCUGUCUAAACUAUGAGAUCUUGUAUAUGUUGUUAAAAAGAAUAAUGUAAGUUUUAUUAAAGUCUUAUAUUUAA